UGACAGACUGAGAAUGAGAAUAGAAACUGUGCCUCUCUCUCCCUCUCUUAUAUUUCUUUUUUUUUUUUUUCAUAGCUUGAUCUGUGCAAAGAGUAUAGAAGACUAAAUAAAAUUACAAGAAAACUGUUACCUAUCAUGGCUGUGCGAAAUAUCCAGGUAUUAUGACACCGACACGCAUGCUGUAUAAUACUUUAUAUGUUAUAUAUAGCACCUACAUCAAGUCGCGUACAAUCCGGAACAUCGUACACGGACCGUAUAAAUAGCCAUCACUAAUUAUUUUAGGCUCUGAAAAUGUUCAUAUAAAAGCUCAAGCGAUUAUCAUCAUUCGCAACUGUCGGACUUCUACAAGUCUUUUAGCAAGAUCACAGGUUGAGAAACCACGAGAUUGUCGUCGUAUAACCGUACCGGCAAGAUUUUAUAUCCAUAAAACACGAAGUUUUCAGACUAAUGCAGCUAAUAAAAUUUGUGGGAGUUUUAAGACCAUCAACGGGCGGAGAGUGCCUUCAACCUUCAAGAACGUUACCGUGCAGCUAUGGUACUCAGUGGCACAGGAGAUGCUCUUGGGUAUUACAAUGGACGCUGGGAAUUUUGCUCUUCUGGCCUUACCAUAUUCAAUGAGGCAGAAGAAAUGGGUGGAGUUGAAAACAUUCAAGUGAAGCGUCCUAACUGGAUUGUAAGUGAUGACACAGUGAUGCACCUUGCUACUGGUGAAGCUCUUGGUGAGACUAGUGGGCAACCUGACCGUGAGAAACUUUUUUCAUCUUUGGCUUCGUACUACAAAUCAUGCAUGAAAGACAUGGCUGGACGAGCUCCAGGUGCUACAUGUAUGUCAGCAUCCCACAAGCUUCAACCACAUUUAAAAGAUGGCUAUCAUAUACCUUUUAAUCCAAGAGGGGGUGGAUGUGGGGCUGCCAUGAGGGCCAUGUGCAUUGGACUUCGCUAUCCAAGACCAGAUGAUCUAAAGGAUCUGGUGGCUGUGAGUGUGGAGUCUGGGCGCAUGACUCAUCAUCAUCCAACAGGAUACCUUGGGAGCUUGGCAUCUGCACUUUUUACAGCAUUGGCUAUGCAAGGUAGAGCUGUCAAAGAAUGGGGUAGAUGUUUGCUUGACACAUUGCCAUUAGCAUUAACCUACAUUAAAGAGACAGGUUAUGCUGUAGAAGAGAACAAGCAAGCAUGGUCAUACUUUUCUGAAAGGUGGACAGAGUAUUUAAAAGAGCGCAAUUUAGUGAAUGGGACAGCAGAUCCUGUGUUUCCUACAAAAUAUGGUUUUCCUGAAAGAGAUGCAUUCUAUAAAAAGCUCAGCUUUGCUGGCUGGGGAGGAAGCAGUGGCCAUGAUGCUCCUAUGAUUGCGUAUGAUGCUUUGCUUGGUGCUGGCUCCAACUGGAAGGAACUUGCUCACAGGUCCAUGUUUCACGGUGGUGAUUCUGACAGUACAGGUGUCAUUGCCGCCUGUUGGUAUGGAGCUUUAUAUGGCUUUCAGGGAGUUCCAGAAGGCAAUCACAAGUUUGUUGAGUAUAGGGAUCGCCUUGUGAAAGUGGCUGACACUUUGUUAGAUCUAGCCAUGCCUUGUUAUGCACAAGGAAAAGCAUAAAAAACGAUGACAGGACCUCAACUGAGUUCUGCCAUGAUGUGUAAGGCAGUGCUGGAGACAAAACAUAAGCAUAAAGACUUACACAAUUAAACGAAGAUUAUAACUCUUUUCCCAUCAGUGAGCAUUAGGAAAAUCUUGGCUGUCUUUCAGUGUGAGUUCAGUUUACUUUUCACAGCUGAAUCACUUUCAAUUGGGCCUCACUAUAUGGUUGUAUACAUGUAUAGUAUAAGUAAUUAAAACAUUGCACCUCUGACCAGAAAGUUCACUUAAAUGAUUAAAUUAGCUCUGUGCUCUACAGUGUGUACUGGUACAACCAGCUGAAAACUGCAAUUUGUUUCCAUGUUUUAUAUUUCUAUAACUUUGUGUAAUUUCAUAACCUCAGGGUACAUGCUAAAAACUUCUAUUUUCUUGUAGAUGAGUAAUAUUGUUGUUGUUAAAUGAAAAUAAUCAGUAGAAUAACAUUUCUUUCACAAUUUGUCAUUAAAACCAAAAUGUAAUUUAUCUGCUAAAUUGAAGUUCAUUUUUAAAAGCAGAUACUUUUAUACGU